AUGGAGGAUUUAGUACAAUCCGGUGUGUUGGAUCAAGUUCAAGCGAAUAUAGAUUAUUUGAAAAAGAAAUGGGAAGAAAUUACGGAUGAAAUGGAUUCAGCUUGUAUGAUUGCUGACGACGCAGGAGAAUAUACCGAAAUAUUUUUUAGAAUCGAAAGAAAAUUUUUAAGCAUUUUAGCAUUAAUGGGCAAGGGUCCUGAAAUUUUAAAUGUAGGAAUAGAGCCAAAUAUCGUGAAAUUACCACCAAUCAAAAUUCAGCAAUUUAGUGGCGAGUUUAAGGAUUGGCCAAAGUUUUCAACAUUGUUUAAAAGUAUGAUAAUUGAUAAUAGAUCACUUAAUGAUGUACAGCGAAUGCAGUAUUUGCAAACAAAUGUAGCUCCAAAAGCAGCAAAAAUAAUAGACCAAUUAGGAUUGCAAAAUUUUAACAUAGCUUGGAAAUUAUUGCAAGGUCGGUAUGACAAUAAACGAGCAAUUCAAAAUAUGUUUUUGGAUAAUUUAAUGGAUAUGCCAAAAAUGACAAAAGAUACACAAUCAGAUAUGCAACAAUUAAUUGAUACAAGCAGGGAAUUUAUUGCUUUAAUUGAAGGAAUAACUUUAGAAGAUGUUAUUUUGAGGAUUCUAAAUAAAAAACUACAUCCACGAAGUUUAGAGAAUUAUGAAUCUACGUUAAGAAAUCCAAAGGAGCCACAAAAAUUGGAGGAUUUUUAUUUAUUCUUAGAACAAAGAUCUCAAAUUUUGGGUUCAGUAGAAAAGGAAAAUGAGUCUGAUGCAAGGCCAGGUGUUUCCAAUAUAAAAAAUAAUUAUCGUCAUCAGAAAAAGGCUUUUGUAUGCACGGCUGAAGAAAACGAAACUGAAAUCCAAGAUACAGUAGCAUGUAUAGCAUCAAAUCAAAGUAAGGGUUCAAAAGUGUUAUUGGCAACGGCAAAAAUCAGAAUUAGAACAGAAUUUGGUUGGUCAGAAGAAUUUGGUGCAUUAUUGGAUCAGGGGUCAAUGGCGACAUUUAUAACUGAUAAAGCAGUAAGAAGCUUAAAAUUAAAAAAAGAGAAAAAUAAUGUGUCAGUUUCCGGCAUUGGUGGUGUAAAAACAGAAAAAUCAAUUGGCAGUGUCAACUUAGAAUUUACAGCACGUUAUCCUAAUGCAUUUGUUGGUAGAACAAAAGCAAUAAUUCUGAGGAAACUUACAACAUUAUCACCAUGGAGUUAUGUCAAUGAGAAAAUAACAGAAAUCAACGAAUUUAAUGGAUUAAUUCUAGCGGAUCCAGACAUAAGCAACACAUUCAACAUAGACAUAAUUUUGGGUGUAGAUGUUUACGCAGCGUUACUAUUAAAUGGUGUAAUUAAAGCUGAAAAAGAGAAUUUAGUGGCACAAGAAACACAGUUAGGAUGGAUUUUAUCAGGUGUUUUGGAAAAACAGGACGAGUUAACCAAUAAUGGCAUCUGUUUAGUUUCUACAAUUGAUGAAUUAAAUGAAAACAUGAAAAAAUUUUGGGAAUCAGAAGAAAUUUUUGAGAUUCCAUUCAUAUCAGAAGAAGAUAAUUAUUGUCUUGAACAUUACAAAAAUAAUACUCGACGAAAUGAAGAGGGUCGUUAUAUAGUGACGUUACCUUUUCGAGAUAAUAUUGAAGAAUUGGGAAAUUCGAGAAGAAAUGCCUUUGCGCAAUUAUUACAUCAGGAACGUCGUUUGGAAAAGGAUGCGAAAUUAAAGCAGAGUUAUAUUGAAUUUAUUAAAGAGUAUAUUGAUAUGGGUCAUAUGGUGGAAUGUACUGAUACAGAUGUUAAAAACGGAUUUUAUUUACCACAUCAUGCUGUAUUCAAAGAUAGUACUACAACAAAACUUAGAGUAGUAUUUGAUGCCAGUAGAAAAACGUCUUCGGGUUUAUCAUUAAAUGAAUGCAUGAUGGCUGGUCCAAGAGUUCAGGAUGAACUAUGUAAUAUUAUGUUGAGGUUUAGAUUAUAUGAGAUCGCUUUUACGGCUGAUGUGGCGAAAAUGUAUCGUCAAAUCUUGGUUACAGAAGAACAACAAAAUUAUCAAAGAAUUUUGUGGAGAAAUGAUAAAAGUGAAAACGUAAAAGAAUACAAACUAACAACUGUAACUUAUGGAACCAGUUCAGCGCCUUUUGUAGCAGUGAAUACGCUCAUGACAAUUGGAAACGAAUGGGAAGAUAAAUUGCCAGAAGCAGCUCAAAUCAUUAAAAAGGAUUUUUAUAUGGAUGAUUGUAUGAGUUGUUGUGAAACUUUAGAUCAGGCAAUUCGUUUACAAAAAGAGGUUACGCAAAUUCUUGCAGAUGCUGGUUUGCCAUUAAGGAAAUGGAGCUCAAAUAAUAUGGAUUUAGUGAACGCGAUUCCAUUGGAUCAAAGAGAAGGGGCUCAAACAGAUGGAGAAGCUUCAAUUUCAACAUUGGGUCUGAGAUGGUUUAAUUUAAAAGAUGAGUUUGGUUUCAAAAUGAAUCCAUUCAAGGAUGUGAAAAUGAUAACAAAAAGAGUGAUAUUAUCGGAAAUAACAAAAAUGUAUGAUCCUUUGGGUCUUUUAGCCCCAUUUACAGUUUUAUGCAAAAUUUUGAUGCAAAAAUUAUGGAUUGCAAAUUUGGGUUGGGACAGUGAGAUUCCAAAAGAAAUUGCUGCAGAAUGGGAUAGCUAUAAAGAAGAAAUACCAAUUUUAUUGCAGUAUCGUCUGAAACGAUGGAUUAAAUACAGAGCUGGAGCCCAAAUUGAGUUGCAUGGGUUUUCGGAUGCUUCGGAAAUGGCUUACGGAGCUGUUAUUUAUGCAGUAAUAAAAUAUAGAAACAAAAUUUACAGUAAUAUAAUUACUUCUAAAACUAGAGUGUCGCCGCUUUCAAAACAAAGCUUACCACGUUUGGAGCUUUGUUCAGCGUUAUUAUUAGCUGAAUUAAUGGAUAAAGUGUCAAAUGCUUUACAAAUACCAAUAACUAAGAAAUGUUAUUAUUCAGACUCACAAAUUACUUUGGCAUGGAUUAAAGGAAUGCCAAGAAGAUGGGAAACAUAUGUAGGUAAUCGUGUGGCAAAAAUACAGAAAUUAACGAACAUACAAGAAUGGGAAUAUGUCAACACAAAAGAGAAUCCGGCAGAUAUCGCUUCUAGAGGAAUGAAUCCAAAAAAUUUAAUUAACAGUGAGUUAUGGUGGCAUGGGCCAUCAUGGUUGGUAAAUAAAGAAAAGGGGCAUGCAAUGUCAAACGAUUUCUCAACAACUAUUGGUUUAAGAAAAAUAUUUGCUGGAGUAAGUGUUCUGAAUGAUAUAAGUAUCAUUGAGAGAUUUUCAUCUUUAAACCGAGCAAUUCGGUCAAUUGCUUAUUGUUUACGUUUUAAAGACAAAAGGAAUAUUAUUAAAGGGAAUUUAGAAACAGACGAAUUAGAGAGAGCAAAGAUGGCAAUUAUUAAACUAAAUCAAAGGAUUUAUUUUGAGGAUGAAAUAAAGUGUCUACGUAAUAAAAUAGACAUAAGUAAUAAAAGCAAAUUAAAACCAUUAUAUCCAUUCUUGGAUGAUAAAGGAGUUUUAAGAGUUGGGGGUCGUCUCCAGAAUUCGACGUUUGAUUUUAAUCAAAAACAUCCAAUUAUAAUUCCAUAUGAGGGAACGUUGACAAAAUUAAUAAUUGAUUCUGCUCAUAAAAAAGUUUUUCAUGGUGGAAAUCAGCUUACAACAAUGCAAAUUCGUUAUGAAUAUUGGAUUAUUGGAUGCAAAAGAGCGGUCAAAACUUAUAUCAAUAACUGUGUUAAAUGUCAUCGUUUUCGAGCUGAAUCGGCGAAACAGUUAAUGGGAUGUUUACCUGCUGAUAGAACAAAGGCAAUGGUAAAACCUUUUACACAUUCGGGUACGGAUUUUUGUGGGCCAUUUACGAUGCGAAUGUCGAAUAAUGGUCGAUUAAAACCAAUAAAGGGAUAUGUGGCUAUAUUUAUUUGUUUUUCAACAAGAGCAGUGCAUCUGGAAGCUGUAUCGGAUUUAACAGCGGAGGCCUUUUUAGCAGCUUUUAAGCGGUUUAUUUCAAGAAGAGGCAAUGUAGAAAAAUUAUAUAGUGAUAACGGUGGAAACUUUGUCAAAGCAAAAACAAUUUUGCAACUAGAAACAAUGCAGGCAAUAACAGAGUUCAAUGAGGAAAUAAAAACAGAAUUAGCAAAUUUGUCUACAAAGUUUUAUUAUAAUCCUCCAGCAUCUCCAUGGUUUGGUGGAAUUUGGGAAAGAAAUAUUGGUUCAGUCAAACAUCAUUUUAAAAGAGUGAUUGGUGAUAGAAUUUUAUCAUAUGAAGAAAUGACUACAGUAUUGGCUCAAAUUGAGGCGUGUUUAAACUCACGACCACUUUGCUCAUUAAAUGAAAAUCCUGAUGAUUUAUCAGUGUUAACACCAGGGCAUUUCCUUGUUGGAGAUGCUAUUAUGGCACCUGUUGGUCCAUCAUUGAUAAAUCUCAGAGAGAAUAGGUUAAAUAGGUGGCAACUAUGUGACAGAAUUAAGCAGGAAUUUUGGCAUCGUUGGAGUAAUGAGUAUAUUUCCAGUUUACAGAAACGUUCAAAAUGGCAACAAGCAGAGGAAAAUUUAAAAAUUGGUGAUGUGAUUUUGCUAAAAGAUGAGAUUAAUCCACCAUUAAAAUGGCCAAUAGCACGAGUUGUUUCAAUAUUUCCAGGAAAGGAUGGAUUAGUUCGAGUGAUAGAAGCUAAAACAUCAUCGAAGAUUUAUAAAAGAGCUAUUGGAAGCGUAUCAAAAUUACCAAUUGAAGAUAAUUUUGAAAGGUCAAGCAAAUCAGCUAAAACUGGUGUAAAUAAUUUUUCAUCAAUGGUUAUGGUUAUGAUAUUUUUCCUCUUGUUUUCAAGUGCUGUUGGAGUAAAAAAUAUAAGCUCUACAGAAAUAAACUUAAAUUACGGAAAUAUAUCAAAUUUAAAUGUCGGCACUGGGAGAUUAUCAAUUGAAAGAUUUAAUGGAAAUCCAGGUGUAUAUUCUGAGUCUUUUAGAAAAAUUAAACUACAACAGGGAGAAUGGCAGAUUUUUGCUUCAAUAAACCUGGAGCCAUAUAACAGGAAUUACGAUAUGUUAAAGGAUAAUUUUUUUGAUUUGGAACAUGUGUGCAACAGAUUAAAUACAAAGUCAUCUAAGGAAAAUUGUAAUCAAAUGUUAGAUGAAGUUCAUCAAGGCUUAAAAAAGGUUAAGGAAUAUGAUGCAAUUUUAACAUUUCAGAAAAGACAGAAACGAGAAUUAACAGCUCUCAUGGGUUUGGGCAUAGGAGCUUUAUUAGGUUGGGGAAUUCCAAAAGUUGUGGAAUAUUUUUCAAGUCCGGGAAAUGAUGCAGAAAAAAUGGCGUUAAUGCAAGAGAUGCUUAAAGACCAGACUUCAGUUAUGAUUUUAACAGAAAAUUUAGUUAGGAAUAAUAGUGAAGCAAUGCGGAAUGAAAUAAAUUUUUUGUUUAAUCAGACUUCAGAUUUACUUAGUCAAGUGGAUUUAUUAUCAAUGAGUACUGAAAUGGCAGAACGAAGUCAAUGGCUUUCAAUGCAUAUACUUUUGUUAUUAUCAGAAUUUCAAAAUCUACAGCAUAUGAUAAUUAAUCAGAUUAUCAAUCAAAAUGAUGCUUUACAAGCAGCUUGGAUAAAACCAGAAAAAGUUAAAGAGCAUAUUCAAUUAAUUGAGAAGAGUAUAUCAAAAGAAGUGCAAUUAAUGGGAGGCACAUUAAAUGAAAAAAUCAUCGAGUUUUACAAAUUAGCAAAGAUUUUGAAAUUUUCAAAUUAA